AUGGCAAUUUCCGAAACUCCUGCCAUUCCCCUGGGCUCUUGGGUGCUGGUCACCGGCAUCAACGGCCUAGUGGGGUCCCACGUCGCCGAUCAAUUGCUCGCCCACGGCUACCGCGUGCGGGGAACUGUACGCAAUGCGCAGAGGUGCGCAUGGGUCAGGGAUCUUUUCUGUCGCAAAUACGGGGAUGAAGCAUUCCAGCUAGUCCAGGUCGAAGAUUUAUCCAUUCCCGGCGCUUUCGAUGAAGCCAUCAAGGGUGUUUCAGGCGUCGUGCAUGUCGCGACUAUCCUCGAAGGACUCGAUCCAAAAGAGCUCUUUGCUGCCAUCAGUCAGUUGGACCGCAAUGUCCUUACCUCGGCCGCAGCUGAGCCCAGCGUAAAGCGCUUUGUCUACACCUCUUCCACCCAAGCCGCUUCCACGAUCGCCCUCGAUGAUCUGGAGGACAAGCCAGUAACGUCCGACUCAUGGAAUGAAGUCGCAAUCCAAAAAGCGGAAACAGGAUCACCUUCCGACCACAAGAGAUAUUUCAAUGUCUAUAGUGCCAGCAAGGCCCUGAGCGAGCGGGGAGUCUGGGACUGGGUGAAACAGCACAAGCCGGGAUUUGCGAUCAACACAGUUCUACCAUCAAUGUGCUUUGGCGCGUCAGUGGACCCAGAACACCAAGGCCACGCAUCCACAUCGAUCUGGCCAGCCGCCAUCUUCAAGAACGAACUCGAGUCGGUCCGUUCAUCAAUCGAUGCCCUUAUCCCUAUCGGCGCAUACUGCGUUGACAUUCGCGACGUCGGACUCCUCCACGUCGCGGGCCUGACCAAUCCGACGGUUCAGAAUGAGCGUCUAUUCGCAUACGGCACGCCUUUCUUCUGGUCCGACGUUAUUGCUGUUUUCCGGAAGCUGUUCCCGGGCCGGGAAUUUCCUGACAAUUUUCCUGACCAGGACCGGAAGGUGAACUUGUUGGAGGUUGAACCUGAUAAGCGAUCUGAGGAGUUGUUGAGGGAGAUGGGGAAGUCGGGAUGGACUUCUCUGGAGGAGAUCCUCAUGGCGAAUGUGUCUGAUUUGGUGUGA